AUGGUAGUUAUGGAUCCAAAUUUACACUUGACAACAAAUUAUUACUACAUACUAUCAAAAGAAGGGGACUACUUAAAGUGUUAUCCUUCCCAACUAAGCAAGAAUGGGGCAAUAAGUGAUAAAGAGUGUACUUCAAUAUCAAAAGCAUACAAAGCUCAUGGAUUUCGGAAAGGAACAACGGAUUUCGCCCAGGGUCUAUCAAUUAGCCCAAAUAAUUUAUCGGGAGUUCGAAGUCAUGAAGAAGGUCUUCGGUGA